AUGUCUAAAAAGUCUACCGACCCGAGUUUAAAGGCACUUGUGCAGCAGUUUCGCGACAGCACAAUCAUUUUGCCUGGUGAAACCCCCCAAGAGCCGAGUGCAGUUUUUUCGAGCGGUUCGCUCGUGAUUGAUGAGUUAACUGGAGUGGGCGGCUUUGUACGAGGCAAAAUCGUUGAGAUUUACGGUCCUGAAUCAAGCGGAAAAACCACGCUCGCUCUUUUGGCGAUCAGUCAAGUUCAAAAAGAAGGCGGUAAAUGCGUUUUCAUUGAUGCUGAACACGCUCUUGACUUGGAAUUCGCCGGAAAACUAAACGUUGAUAAAAAUAAACUCAUUUUCGUCCAACCUAGCUCAGCUGAACAAGCUUUGGAGAUUACCGAUGCUUUGGCAAAGACUGGCGCGGUAGAUUUAAUCGUAAUUGAUUCGGUGGCAGCUCUGAUACCGCAAACCGAACUGGAAGGUUGUUUUGAAGACAACACAAUCGGCCUGCAAGCGCGACUAAUGUCAAAAGCGCUCCGUAAAAUUACCGCUACGCUUGCCCAGUCACAAACAAGCGUUAUUUUUAUCAACCAAAUUCGCGAGAAAAUUAACCACUUUAGCGGGCCAACCCAAGUUACACCCGGCGGAAGAGCACUUAAGUUUUACGCCUCGCUGCGUCUAGAAGUUCGUCGGAUUGGCUACACAGGUGUAAGCGAAGCUCCGAACGGGGUCAACCUGAAAGUUAAGUGCGUCAAAAAUAAAUUAGCCCCGCCUUACCGAGUUGGGCAAAUUCACCUCAGUUUUAACCACGGACUUGAUCAAAAUAACGAAUUGAUUGAUCUACUAAUUAGUCAAGGAUCGCUAACUUCUAAGGGAGGCUGGUACCAGUGAAAAGGUGAAAACAUUGCUCAUGGUCGCACACAAUUGCUGGCGCUAA